AUGGAAGAUAUGGACCGGGUAAUAAACGCCGGAAUACCCAUCGCAGAACUAUUGUACCAGGCAACAGGAUCAACAACAGUGACUGUGGCACUGAGCGUACUCUUGACAAUCAUAUACGCAGCAUGUGUCAGCUGUGGGGCGUCUUACAUGAGCCUUCGCCAGAGACCGAGGUACUCCAUUUCCCGAUUUCUUCGACAAUAUAGACAAGCUGCUCCAAUUCCCGCUUCGUACGACUUAGGCUCAAUGAUUUUUGCUGAUAUCUAUGGUCUCAUAUACCUUGCCAGCACCACGGCUUUCAAUUCCAUCAUUACCUCGGCCGUUACGCUAUUGAACUUGAGCUACGCUGUUCCUCAGGCCAUCCUCGCUACGCGAGGUCGUGCGCAGUGUCUGCCAAAGCGGCCACUCGGUCUUGGUCGGUGGCGCACCCGUUUUGGUGGGAUUGUUUCUUAUCAUUCUUGUUUUCUGGGGUUUGAUAGGUGA